UGGCUGCCUCGCGCGGCGGCGGCGCGUUUUUUGGCGCACCUGCGUGCGCUCCGCAGCGUCGGAUCGUGUUGAGAGAUACCGCUGUGCCGGCUGGCCUCGCAGCACCGCGAGCCGUGCACGGAAGCAGCGGUGCGAGCGCAUGGCGGGCCUGGUGCUGCCCGCGGCGGCGUCGCUCGUGGACCAGUUGGACAAGCGCGUCCUCGUGAUUCUGCGGGACGGCCGCAACCUCGUGGGCGUCAUGCGGUCCUUCGACCAGUUCUCGAAUGUUGUUCUAGAGGACGCGGUCGAGCGGCGCGUCGUCAUCCCGGCGAAGGAGGGCGUGAACGCCGUCUACGGCGACGCGCCGCUGGGCCUGUAUGUCGUGCGGGGCGACUCCAUCGUGUUGUUGGGCGAGGUCGAUGAUGCCAGAGAGGCGUCGCCGCAGCAUCCCGCGCGCAUGGACAUCCGGGACGUGCUGGAGUUAGAAAGAGCGGGGUUAGCUGAAAGAGCGGUGGUCUGGGACAUCGAGGAGAGCUAGUGAGGUUCGUGGAGCGGCGUCUUCGUUUUUUUUCAUCUGUCGCGUGACGAAAUUUUGUAUACUACAUGACUCUAUCCACCGUGAUGCCUUAGUUUUUAAUUAAACUCCGACGACCUUUGUCUUGUUCGUGGAGCCGCGGCGUCCGUUGUUCACCAUAACAUAUGUCGCGCGCAGGUCCGCGGCGCCGCGUCCUCCUUGAUACAACUUCGCAACUGAACCCCAGCAGAUGGCGACCUCCUUAUAUGGUCGUACGUCCAACUUUUAUGUAAACGGUUGCCAGAGCGACCGCUCGUCUAAUCAACCCGCGCGCGCCGCCAAAACGGGGCCGUCCCCAUUACCGAGGGGGCGCGGGUCAAAAUCGCUGCGACACGCGCGCAGGUCCGCGCGUGGCGCUACGUAGGGUGUAAGUCUUUUGUCGCUGA